AUGUCAUACCCGCGCACUCCGUCAAUCAUCGAUCCGAUCGGCCCUUAUGUGCAGUCUCAGUUCUCGUUUCGUGGAGAAUACACAAACGAGCUCUCAUUCGGCUCCAACGAGAUCAUCAAGUUGACGCGAAAGAUUGAUCAAGACUGGCUCGAAGGAGAACUCAAUGGAAAAGUUGGGAUUUUUCCGUCGGGAUACGUUCAGAAUUAUACGCGACGAGUGAACUCUUCAAAUAACGAUGUCGGGAAUGCGGCACCACAUGCACAAGCCAUAUUUCCAUUUCAAGGUGAAUACGCAAAUGAACUAUCAUUUGGUGCCAACGAGAUCAUCAAAUUGACUCGAAAAAUCGACAAGGAUUGGUUGGAAGGGGACAUCGGCGGAAAAGUUGGAAUUUUUCCAGCGGUUUAUGUUCAGAUUUUGGUUGAUCUUGACGCCGAAACAACUAGAGACUCAAAAACUGGUGACGAGUUUCCCGUACCUACAAGUAUCGAAGGAAUUGAGAUUGAGACCUUUAAAUCACCACCUCAUUCACAGGAAAACGAAGGGCUGAUGUUACGAACCUCUGCUAGUCUAAGCUUCACUAAAGAGACACGAAACGAAUGCGUGUACCAAGGAGCAUCAUCAGUCCAAACAGAAUUUCUACUAACACACUUAUCGUCGCUUCAAAACAAUGCUGCAAUUGAAGAAGCGCGGGAUGUCUACAAAUGUUUGCCAGAGAGCCAAUCAUAUGCUGGAAAGUAUAUUCCACUCAAUUCGUUCCCCUCCACUUUAUCCACCAGUAUUCUCGAUAUAAAUUCCAGCACAAUAGGAGGAGCUGACGAUAGCAACACUUAUACAUCGGGAUCUACCAAUCUGGCCAAGCACGAUGAAUGGGAAGUAACAGGGAAGGUGGAUAACGAGUCUCAAACGGAAAUCCUAGAAACUGAGGAGCUUAUUGUCAAGGAGAAAAAUGUUCAAAAGCCUUCGCGAAUCACCGUAAAUUCAAUGGUGAAAAAGAUUGGACGCAUAAAGGCACGAAUGGGGCAAGCAUUGGGAAAGCAUCUUGCCACGAAGAAUCAGAAGUCAUCAGCCGUUUCUGAGCAGCCCAAAACCCCAAGUGCGAUGGAUCAGUCACACUCAGAUAAAUUGAUUGAUUUCGAUGACCCGGAGCCGGCGAUCCCAAUGAUAACUCCUUUGCAACCAAUUCCGAUUGCUGCCGCUCUUUCGCCUCCACUUUUCAACGCAGCCAUCAGUGAGCCGAUAUUAAAUGAACUUCGACCAAUUAACUGGGGUAUUCCACCAAAGACCACUCGAGCUCAACCAGUUUUAUCUCGUAACAUGGUGACGAAUCGACCGCUUUUAAUUUCCCCCUUUACACCAACUCAAUCAGAAAUUUUCUUUUGC